GGGGGCGUGCUGUGUCCUUCUCAUUUAAAUGGACAAAAUCGAGGGGAGGGCUGCAGUCAAGAAUGGUAAUGGUGGCAGCUGAAGCAUUUUUAAUCUCUUCCAGUUUCUUAUGACACAGGCAAAGAAGUUCUCUCGAAAAUGGACCUGAUCAAAAUAAACCAACAGCACCACUCGUGUAGUCAGACGAAUGGGUUAAAAGACCAAGAUACAGAACACCCGAACGAUUGUAAAGAAGAAGAUGAGCCACUGCUUCAAGAAAACCCCAGAAGGUUUGUGAUUUUCCCCAUACAUUACCCUGACAUCUGGAAAAUGUACAAGCAGGCACAGGCAUCCUUCUGGACAGUGGAGGAGGUUGAUUUAUCUAAAGAUUUGGUACACUGGGACCGUCUAAAAUCUGAAGAGAAGCAUUUUAUUUCCCAUGUCUUGGCCUUUUUUGCUGCUAGUGAUGGUAUUGUGAAUGAGAAUUUGGUGCAACGGUUCUGUCAGGAGGUACAGGUUCCUGAAGCGCGCUCUUUCUACAGUGUACAGAUUCUAAUAGAGACAGUUCACUCAGAGAUGUACAGUAUGCUUAUCAACACAUACAUCAGAGACCUCAAGGAGAGAGAGUAUUUAUUUAAUGCCAUUCAAACUAUGCCUUGUGUGAAAAGGAAAGCAGACUGGGCUAUUCAGUGGAUAAAUGACAGCAAAUCACCAUUUGGUGAAAGAAUUGUGGCAUUUGCAGCUGUAGAGGGAAUUUUCUUCUCUGGAUCCUUUGCGGCCAUUUAUUGGCUGAAAAAGAGGGGUCUAAUGCCCGGUCUUACUUAUUCCAAUGAACUUAUCAGCAGAGAUGAGGGUUUGCACUGCAACUUUGCCUGUCUCCUGUAUAGCUACUUGGUUAAAAAGCCAUCAGAGGACAGAGUAAAGGAUAUAAUAACCAAAGCUGUGAGCAUUGAGCAGGAGUUCUUAACUGAAGCUUUACCAGUGGAUCUCAUUGGAAUGAAUUGCUCUUUGAUGAAGCAGUACAUUGAGUUUGUGGCAGACCGUCUUCUUGCAGAUCUUGGCCUUGAUAAGGUUUACAAUGCUGAGAAUCCGUUUGACUUCAUGGAGUCAAUCUCACUUGAAGGGAAAACCAACUUCUUUGAAAAACGGGUGGCAGAAUAUCAAAAGUUUGGUGUUAUGUCAGGCCUAAUGGACACUGAAUUCACUCUUGAUGCAGACUUCUGAGAUAAAGCUCUAGUAUCUCCUGUUGGUUAUUAUAUUUUUGUUGUACUUGGAGUCAGGCAACCUUAUUUCAAAUGUUUACCCCGUCAUUUGAGGCAGGUCAAAUAAUUAUACUUAAUAGAGUAUUUAUAAGCUUGGAUGACCCAUUUGGAGAGAAAAAAAACAUUAUUUUGUUUGUUGGCCUAUUUGUUACUGCAGUAUUUAUUAUACAGUUUUGCAUUUAAAGUUGCAUUUGAAUGUCAAAUACAUUGUUUUAAUAUAAAACUGA